AUGAGUUCCUGCUGUUCUUGGCGCCCACGCUGCACUUCGCCAAGAACGAGAACCCCGAGGGCCCCGAGGCUUCCGAUCGGUGUUCAGGGAAGAUGCUUCCUGCGCAGCCCGGGCCCGGGUUUGGGCCCGGGCCUUCCUGCCGAUCCCUGCAGCUACCCCAGGCUGAUGAUUUGUGGCAUCGCCGGUUCGACUCGCAUGAACGUGCAGCACGCCGGGUUCCAUGUACUGGCACAGGUGCUGGCGGCACAUGAAGUUUGGAGCAUCGAUCCGGUGGACGAGCUGCGGGUGCAGGGUUUGCUCUCCGUCGCCCAGAACUUGGUCUCCACUCCCUGGCUCACGCAGCUGCUGGAGAGGUGCACCGCGCCGGCGGAGCUGAUGCUGGUGGGCUGGAGUUAUGGCAAUCAUUUCGCCUGCCAUGCUGCGCGCCAGUUGGAGACGCUCGGGAUCUCACUGCGCGGCAUCUGCGCACUGGACGACAGGGCCUCGAAGCCGCCGCGUGGAGUGGUCGAUCCUGACCACAUCUUCCAGACGAGGCCUCGCGUGCGCAUUUCGACCGCUGCGCUGGAGUUCGUGAGCCCCUGCCAUUUCGUGAGAAAGGAGUCCGGUCUAGAUCCCGUUCGGCUCAUCUUCGGCACCAACGAUGAGAUGGCCAUGAAGCGAGCUUUGUACUUCGAGAGAUCCUGCAAAGUCUGGUUGUCGGAAUCCGUCCACCACGACAUCGCGGUGGUGAGCUCCUGGGACAUCAGAGAACGUCUCCACGAGCAGCAGCGGCAGUCGCGGAGGAAGCGCCGACGGAUGCCCAGGGUCUUUGGGGCUCUUGGCUUCGCUGCCGGCAGACCGCCAAAGGAGCGAGGUGCUGUCCAGUCGGGCUGCGGCGGCGAGCUAUGGCUUCUGAGACACCACCAUGAGCCAUGGGUCACGAGUAGGCCGGACUCAGUUUGCGCAGGCAGGGCUCAGGGCUUCUCGCGACUAAGAAUGGGUCACUUGCUGCGGACUCGACUGGUUCCCGAAAGGAUGUGGCCCCACGGGUCACAAGCCGUCAUGCCCAGGGACACGGUGUCCACCUGCGACCGUACGAGAAGCAGGAUGUGCACCGCUGUUUUCUGA